AUGGUUCCCGGCUCCCUGGGGGACUCCAGCGGCAGCCGCGGCCCAGCAGCAGUGCCUGCCCGGGGCAUCGACCCACCUCCGGACACUGUCAGCAAAGCAGGAAGUUGUGUCCUCGGCAUCGAGUCUCUGUGCCGUAACUACAGGGAGUCCAACACCUUGGACGUGGCUCAGGCGGAGAAUCUGUGUCACGCGAAAGGAGAGGAAUGGAAACAGCAUGAAACCAUCGGCAACAAAGGAAGGCGAACAAAAACAGGACAGACGGGAUCGGAGACACAGAGCCAAUUCAGCAAGCCCGCGCUCCCGGCGGUGGGUUUGCCGUUAACGUUAGUAACUGCUCCGGCACCGGCCGAUGCCUUCCUCAGGCCGGCGAGCGUGUCGCGCGCGGCGGCGUGGGAGGGCGGGGGCGGGGCCUCGGCCCGCCCCGCCCCUCCGCCUGCCUCUUCCUCACGGCAACGCCGCGCCUCCGCCCGCCCAUUGGCUUCCCCCCCUUCCUGCCUCCCCGCCUCCUGCCGCACGGCACGCGUCUCCUACCCCAUUGGCCCCUUCCCCGCCCUCAUUUGCAUGGCGCCCCGCACGCCAAUCGGCGGCGGCUGCCUGCUUAACAUGCAAGAAGCCGGCCACUCAGCGAGAGCGGGGGCCGGGCCACCACGUGCUGUUGCUAAGCUUCGGCUUCUAAAUUGUUACUAUAGUGGCCAGCCAAUCGGAGGGGGAGAUGGGGAUCUGUCAACAUUCCCUGCCCCAGCCAGGGGAAAAGGGGGGGUGCGCUGGCUGCCGGUUGGCCCGGCUGCCGCCCCGCGUCCCGCCCCCGCGCCGAAUCGCCGUUCCCUAUUGGCGGCGCGGGCCGCCCGUCGCCUGUGUGUCAAAUGUAGGUUGAGAGAGGUGCCUUAUAACCGGGGGCUUGGAAGUCCCCCGCGCGUGAACUCGGCGCGGUGCGCGACGCGGGGCGACGGGGGGCUCGGGGCUCGGCUCGGCACAGGCAGCCAUGGAAUUGAACUCUCUGUUAAUUCUCCUGGAAGCGGCCGAGUACUUGGAGAGAAGAGACCGAGGUCGUCACACAACGAACUAGAAAAACAUAGGCGGGCUAAACUCCGGCUAUAUUUGGAACAGCUAAAACAGCUUGUGCCUCUCGGGCCGGACAGCACCAGACACACCACUCUAAGUCUGUUGAAAAGAGCUAAGAUGCAUAUCAAGAAAUUGGAAGAACAGGACCGAAAAGCUCUAAAUAUUAAAGAACAAUUACAGCGGGAACACCGCUACCUCAAACGCAGAUUGGAGCAGCUAUCCGUGCAGGGCAUGGAGCGUAUCCGCACUGACAGUAUGGGAUCAACAAUAUCCACUGACUCUGAACAAGAAGUAGACAUUGAAGGAAUGGAGUUUACUCCAGGUGAAAUGGACAGUAUUGGAAGUGCCAGUGAUGCUGAAGACCACUACAGUUUGCAAAGCGGUUCGAGUGACGGAGGUUACACACAUUCCCGCAGACUGAAUGCCAGGCUCUCAUAGUGCCUGAGUUACCUGUUCAACUCAGGACCAUCUGACUGAAGCACUUAUAUAUGAAUAUUCCAGAGGUGUCAACUGCCACUCUUCCGGGAAACCCCAACCACAGUACUCUGACAUGGAGGUUUCUUACCCACGGUUCCCUGCACUGUAACCACAAUAUUAGAUAUUGUAAAUCAUGGGUUUGCUGCAGAGAACUGUGGUUAGGUACAGUUGUGACUUAAAGCUAGCUUGAUGUAGCCAUACUGCAAAUUAAAGAAAAUAAAUAAUGUCAUUCCAUUCAAGAAGUAUUAAAUUCAAACUGUUGGAAGCAUGGCGUAAGGGAGUUUGACAGUUAUUUUGAUUUUGCAGAAACCAUUUUCAAACAUGGAGGAAUAAAUGGAAUCUACAAUGUGUUAGUGAUUCAGAGAUACAAAAGCCUAAAACUACUUUUUGUGGUAUUUUUUCAUGAAAAAAAAACCCCAAACAUUUUGAACGCUGUGUAGCGGGCUCUGUAGAGUAAAUUCUUUCAGCAGUCUUUGUUUGGGUGAAGCAGGCAGAUAAAUCUUCAAAUCUCAGAUGAUCUUUAGAAAAGGUCGUAUUUAAAAGUCACUACUGUACUUCAAAAUGGGGGAAAAGCCAGCUCUAAUAAUGACUUCAUGUGGGAUGAUCUCAACUUUCUUUUGCUUUUUUGUAUUCAAUAUCCAACCAGCAGCAAAUCAUUCUAUCCAUGUUAAUGGGAGUAGUAGAAAGCAACACUGCAAUUUUAACCUGUUAUCGUGGAAUGGAUGACAUUUGAAGCAUUUCAGUGGUUUUUUGGGUUGUUUUUUUCAUUUCUUUGUCUGAAGAAUACAGAACACAAGUGAUCCAGUUUGUGAUAGUUAAUCUUUCCUUGCAAGGAAAUGAAAUCUCUGUUUGCUUGUAUUUUUUUUCUUUUCUUCUAUUUACACAUGUCAAUACAUUUUUUUAUGGAAGGCAUGGCUUAAAAUUACAGUAUUCAGCUAGAAGAUAAUUAAUUUUUUUUUCUUUUGCACACUAUAAUUGCAUUUUCUAUUCUUAAAAAAGUGCAAAAAAAUUAAAAUGUAUGCUGUAAAACAGCAAAGUUUAUUUAGUAUUCAUCAAGCUGUUCAGAACAUAUUUACCCAAAUUGUAGCAAUACUAUGAAGGUGUAUUUUAAUACAACUUCUGCUUAGUGAAGUCAUUAGAGCUUGGCUUGCCGGGUAAGAAAAAAAUGGACCAGUCUUUGCAUUAUCUGUUUAAAGAAGGUCUUUUAAAAAAAAGAAGAAAAAAAAAAAGAAAAAAAGAAAAAAAAAGCUAUAAACACUUUUAGGGAAGUGAUUUUAGCAAGUGUAGUCUAUAUUUCCUGUAAGAGAUUUUGUAUUAUAUUUUCCUAAAUGUUCUCAUUUACUUGUAUAGGGAGGGGAAUGGUACAGACCCAGACCAGAGUCUCAGGGACUCUUCACCUUUGUCAUAUUGUGCCUUGGUGACCAUUUAUGUAUGCCUCUCCUUUUCAUUGUUUAAAGGACAACUAAGCUUUGUUUCAAGACCCUCUGUUUGAAUGGUCAGUUGUCCACCUUCUUAUGGAUGAAGCAGAGAGGUGUAUUUAUAUCUUCACCCUCUCACAACUGAUUCAGUGUGGCUUUAAGUAAAAUCAUAAAAUUAGGUUUUGGUGCGAGGGUUAAUUGUCUUUGUAUAAGCCCUCCCUUGGAUUCUUCAGCACCCGAAUCUAUAUUUUGUUAGCUUAUAAAGUCAGGGUCUCUGUGAGACCAGUGCUCAGUGGCUAGGGAAACACAAACGUACUGUGUAAGGCUAUGGGAUGUCCAAGUGUGGUGCCAUUUUUAGCAUUCAGAUACAAGACCUCAUGACAGACUGACCAUAAUGAUCAAAAACAAAGAUUCAGUUGUUCUUUCAACAUCUGACAUAUGUGUCCUCCCUUUGGCUUUUACAACACGGAGUAGAAAUACGAAUACAUUUUGUGGCAGCUUACAGAUCCUUGUUUGCACUCUCGCUUACUGCUUGGAACUUGCCAACAAGGAAAACAUAUAUGUUUAAUUUACAUAACCUAAUGGACGGCCACCCCUACUUUGGCUCUGGGGGGGGGCCUAAGGUUAUAAACUCUGGCAGCUGAAUAAGAAAACAAUUAACCUUUUCUGUGAUGCAGGUUUUGGUAUUACGUUCUAUACACCUUGCAUAUUACUAAAAUCCUCAUUGUUGGGGAAAGCACACAGCAAUAUACUCAUUGUGUGUAGCUGACAAGCAGCAGAAAUUACUAGCUCCUUUGGUGCAUAUGUAACUAAUUUCCAAAUCAUGGAAAAAAAAAAAAAAAGAGUUUACUUUAACACACGACUGUUAACAGGAAAAAAAAAAAGGCUAGUAUAUUGUUGCUGUUCAUUUAUUAUAUAAUGAACACAUUCAUGAAUUGUAAAGUGUUUCCUUUCAUGACAAGCAGCUCUUGCACAGAACCUCCUAAUGAAAAGAGAUUUGAAACUUAAAGAAGGAAAAACGAGAUUUUAAAUUGAACCUUAUUGUACCUUAGGUCGACCUGAAAUUUUCCUUUUAAAGAUGAAUGUGCUAACUUAAUGAGUUCUUCCACGCUGGGUAUCCAUGGCUUUGUAGAUCUUAUAUUUUCAAUAAAAAUUACUCGAAUAAUCUUGAGUGGAAAU